UAGUGGCGGAGCAAUUGUAGGUGCGUGGCUGUUCCCAUAAUCGUGUAUCAUGACGAUGUUUGUGGUACUGCUCACACGUAGGUGGGGAUAACAUUAUGUAGCAACCAAAACAGCGCUAUGACGAAAUAUGGGAGUGUGACAGCUUCGACGCAGUAGCGACAGCAACAGUGCCGCAACACCACUCACUCUUUAUAACCAUGCGCAUGAGACAUGACCCCUGUGGGCGAUCCACUGGAAGUGUCUCCUGAACUAUCUCGUACGUCCACAGAUCAUGGUUUCCGCGGUUGCAGACACCGUUUUGUCCGUGGUCAAGGGCCGACACAAUGGCGACACUGUAACUCCAGUCACAGGUCCGGGCAAUUGCACUGCAGGAGCUCCCUCGCCGAGGAACCGCUCAGCAUCCGUCUCAAGUACGGCGAGCAUCACAGACGGCAAGUAUCGUCUGCGGGUGACUGCUGGCCCGUCUCUCGAUCCUGAUACCCAGCAAGUCGUUCGCGUCAACACGGCCGAGCCUUGUGCCUUCGAGAAUGAUUUCAUGAAGGUGGAGGUGAAGGUGCGGAUCAAGAACUUCAAAGGUCUUCCAAGUACCUGCCCACCCACCGACGCGACCUACUUCUCACACCCCCUCCACACGUCCGACCGUUACUCCAUCGCCUUCUCCUUCAUCCCCAAGCGCACGCUCCCCGCGCACUCCGCCUUCUGGGGCAACGAGUUCUCGCGCCCGAUCCGCGACCGCCUCCCGCCGGGCUUCAACACUGCCUUCAACAUCGUCAAGAAGAUCAUCGACCCCGGGUUGGAGUGCGAUGCGUAUGCGGACAGGCCGUGGCUGCUUGGCCCGAGCCUGGGUUGCUGGUUUGCGUUCUGGGUGGGCGAGAAGGCGGAGGAACCGGGGAUGCCGGAGAUCAUCAAGGAGGGUGGGGAGGGGAGCGGGCUGGAGGUUCGUCGGAAGAUCGGCGUACCUGAGGAUGCGAAGGAGAGGCGGAGGUGGGCUCUGAACAAGGAGAACAGAGCGAAGCUUGUGUUCGAGCAGGGGAGAGAGUACCGCGUCGACUUCUUCAACCCAUACCUUGACUUCAGCAAGUUCUCUGUUUGCCUCCCCGGCUUCUCCGUAUGUGUGAUCAAGUACAUAGACGACAAGACGCACAAACUUCGAUACGUCUUCAAAGACAAGGAGACUGGGGACAUCUACUUCGCCGUGACGUUCACCUUAUUGUUUGGGCAGGAACUAGAGCAGGCACUGGCUGCCGAAGCUCGGGCAAGAGAUAACUGAGUGACAAGGAAAUGAUAUGCGCCUUAGCUCUUUCCGUACAUUGCCACAUAGAUCAUUGGGAAACCGAGUGCCGAGGCCGGUGAGAAGCCAUCCAUAUA